UUUGACGGUCCUAUGUAAAGACCUUCCUCUUUCUCUCAGCCACAGCACAUCAUCAUCAUCAUCAUCAGUCAUCUUCCAUGAGUAGCAUCAGAUGGCCGAGGCAUCUCAACCCCAUCCACGUGGCCCACCUCAUCCGCCUCCAGAAGAACCCCAUCACUGCCCUCUACAUCUUCAACGAGGCCAAAACCAGGUUCCCCACCACCUACCAUCACAACGGCCCUGUCUACGCCACCAUCAUCUCCAUCCUCGCCAGCUCCAACCAUCUCACCCACAUGAAGCACGUCUUCUACCAGAUGAAAUCCGAUUCCUGCCAGUGCAAGGACUCCACCUUUGCCGACGCAAUCAGAGCCUUCGCCAAAGCGGGCCGCCUCGACGAUGCCAUCGAGCUCUUCGCCAGUAUCCCACAGUUCAAUUGCGUGAAUUGGACUCGUUCCUUCCAUACGCUUCUGCAGAUAAUGCUUUCAGAAGGGGAUCUUGAAAAUGCAUAUAGCCUCUAUUUGGAGAAUUCCAAUAGAUGGGAGGUCAAGAUGGGGAUUCAGUCUUUUAAUCUGCUGUUCGCUGCACUUUGUAGGAUGAACCGUUCCGAUCUCGCGCUUCGGGUGUUUGUGGAAAUGACAGAGCAGUGCUGCUGCCCCGAUCGGGACACGUAUCGGAUUCUGAUGAAGGGAUUAUGUGAUGAUGGGAGAUUAGACGAUGCGGUCCACCUGCUUUACUCUAUGUUCUGGAGGAUCUCGCAGAAGGGGUGUGGUGCUGAUGUUGUUGUUUAUAGGAUUCUUCUUGAAGCUCUCUGCGAUCGUGGGGAGUUCGAAGAGGCUGAGAGGAUACUCGGGAAGGUUUUGAGGAAGGGAUUGAAGGCUCCCAAGCGUUGGUGCCGGGUGCCAGAUCUUGGGGCUGAUUUUACGAGCCAUGGGAGUUUGGAUGCAGUUAAGGGUUUGAUCAAUGAUGCUUUGGUUACAGGUGGGGUUCCGAGUUUGGCGAGCUAUAGUGCUGUAAUUGUUGAUCUUUACUCCGAGGGGAAGAUUGAGGAUGCAGAUCGCCUGUUCGAUGAGAUGUGUGAAAGAGGGUUUAGGCCAUCAGUUUUGAUGUACGAAGCAAAGAUAGCGGCAUUGUGUCGAGAUGGGAGGGCAGGAGAUUCAGCAAAGGUGGUGGAAGAGGAGAUGAUGGAGAAGAAUUGCGUUCCCACAGUGAGGACGUAUAAUGCAGUGAUGGGAGGCCUUUGUAAGGCAGGGAUGUCAAUGCAGGCUGUUGGGUAUUUGGAGAGGAUGGGUAGGCAGGUGGGAUGUGUGGCGGAUCAGACGACGUAUGAGAUUUUGGUCGAUGGGUUGUGCUGUGAAGGACGGUUCAUUGAGGCGGGACGUAUAAUGGAGAGGAUGGUGGAUAGAAGGUGUUGGCCUUGUAAGGCUACUUUCAAUAGGCUAAUCAGUGGGCUAUGCAUGAUGGGUAGGAGAUAUGAGGCUGUGCUAUGGCUAGAGGAGAUGGUCAGCCAAGGAAAGACGCCUGAGGUGUUUGUGUGGAACUCUCUGGUGGCUGCAUUCUGCUGCGAUGCCGAUUAUGUGGAGUUACUUCCCCUAAUGAUGCUUGAAGAGGACUGAGGCUUUGGGUGUAUAAAUGAUCUUCAUGUCUUUCAAAUUGCUGCAAUCUGGAUGGGAGAUUGCUUGGAAAUUGCAGCAAUUGGAUGAUUCUAGUUGUCCCAUCAGUGGCCUCGAGGUUAGUUUGUUAGACACAGUGGGCCACAUUCAAGGAAAGUCGCCAGAACUGUUUUAACUCUCUAGCGACUGCAUUCUGCUGCGAUGCAGAUGGUGUGGAUUUGCUUCAGCAACUGAUGCUUGAAGAGGAUUGAGGAUUGGGGCCUGUAAAUGUUCAUGUUACUCCAACUUCCUGCAACUUGGUUGGGAGAGUUUUUGGAAAUUGCAAGGAUUAGGUGAUCAUAGCCAUCCGAUUAGUGGCCCUAGGAUUAAUUUGUUAGAAACAAUGGGUCACAUUCAAGGAAAGACACCAGAGGUGGUUGUGAACCGUCUGGUGGCUGCAUUCUGCUGUAAUGCAGAUUGGGUGUAGUUGCUUCAUCAGCUGAUACCUGAAGACGAUCAAUGAUUUAGGUGUAUAAAUGAUGUUCAUGUUCUUCCAGCUUGUCGCAAUUUGGAUGUGAGAUUGCUUGGAAAUCCCGAGGAUUGGAUGCUUGUAGCCAUCUGAUUAGUGGCCUUGGGAAUAAUUUGUUAGAAACAAUGGGCCACAUUCAAUGGAAUGGGAUGCUCAUUGUUAAAGCUUUGAUGUGCAAGUUGAGCUGGAGGUUAUACUUUAUGAGAUUGUUGCAUAGUGUUAGAGGGAAAUUUUCAAUUAUGUAGCAUCAGUUGCUUCAUCAUGGAUUUGAGUUAAUAGUCAUGUGUAAGUGGUCAGUGGAGAUCAGUAAUUAAGCAAGUCGACCCCAGCCAUCUGAUUAGUGGCCUUAAAGUGGUGGUUAGAAACAGCGGUCUACACUCAAUGGACAAAAUCGGCAUUGUGGGAUCGUUACUCGGCCCACCCAUGUUAUUGCUGUGUCAGAUUUCCAAUCAGUGCAGAUGAGAUAUGAUGUGACUUUAUCGAUGAUGGAGUGCGAGGAAUGAUCAUAUAGAUUCUGAGUGCCGAUAUGGUUGAGCUAUUUAAGGCCCA